UAGCGAUACUGCGAACAGAGUUGGCGUGUUCAUGGUGAAAGGCAUUGUUAAUUAAAUCGGAAAGAUGCCUCCCGAUGUGAGCGUUAGUGUUAUCGCCUACUGUAAGCUGGUGCUUCACUUGUCAAAAUACCCACACUGUGCUGUGAACGGAGUUCUUCUGGCAAAGAAACCCACAAAGGAAAAUAGGAGUUUACAUUUUGUGGAUGUCAUUCCAUUAUUUCAUUUAGCACUAGAAUUAACUCCUAUGUUAGAAGUUGCAAUGACACAGAUUGAAUCCUACUGUAGUCAACAAGGGCUUAUAAUAGCAGGUUACUAUCAUGCGGGGGCUGUCAUAGGUGAUCCUAGUCCAACUUUUAUAGCCAAAAGGAUAGCAGACAAAAUAUGUGAAAACCUUAGUGAUGGGUGCUUGUUUAUGGUUAAUAACAACAAGUUGAAGCAACUAGAAGAAUCUGAGAUCUAUAGGAUAUAUUGCAGGCAUGAUGGAAAAUGGGAAAUAAAAGAUCAGAAAGUGACUGUGGAGGAGGAUGGUAUGCCUAUAGCUUCAGCAUUAGUGGAUGCCCAGGUGUAUGACCAGUUAGUGGACUUUGAUAACCAUUUGGACAACAUAACCUUGGACUGGAAAAACACAUUUGUACAGGAACACAUUGAGAGAGUUGUCCCUCAAUAAUAGCCACUUUAAAGUUCUCAGGAUUGCUUCAAAUCCUUUUCACAGAAAUCAAAUUUUUCCAUUUAUUUAAAUGCUUUUAAAAACUUUUUGUGUAGUCAGAUUAAAUUGCAGCAAGAGGAGAGAGGAUAAUUAAUUCAUGAUAUUAGUUAAGACUGAAGGAACAGGUUUCAGUUUUACCUCAGAGUCUGAUAAUGCAGGUGGAUUGAAAUUCAAAUUACUUGGCCAGUUUCUUCACACAUUUGGAUGCAGGUGGCAACUUCAAAAACAGUAGGAUAAUAAUGGAUAGACAUUUUUUUAUUUUGUACUGGCCCAUAUUCUCACAGUACAACUUUAAUCUGGAUUAAAUUUAUUCAUAUCAAUUACAAUAAUAAAUUGUAUUUGAUAUAAGCAUGACCAGUCUUUGAAGAAAGUUUCUUGUCUGUAACUUGCGAGCACCAAAGCAGACACUGGCACAGCAUUUUGAAGUAGAUUUCCUUUAAUUCUGACAGUUCAUACAGAUUUUUGUGUGCAAAAGUAUUGCAAGCUGUAUAAUGUUAACUUUUGGGUUUUGUUUCACAUAAAAAUUGACCUAUUUUAAGCUUUGUUUUAGACUAUCGAAAAUAUAACAAAUGUGUCUGUCUGUUAAGAACAAGAUGAACAAUAUUUUUCUUAAUUUGAAGAUCAAAAAUAAACCCAGGUUUGCUUUUAUAUUUCAAAUCAAAACUGUUCUUGCAGAGAUGGUCCCCUAAAUGGCAUUUUAGUCAGUUACAUGGCAUUCCUGAUGAAUGCCCAGAAAGUUGUAAACAUUUCUGAUUAUCCACUGUAUAAUGCUAUAAUUUGUGUACAAUGAUAACAUUUCAAAUUAUUCAAAAUCUACUAGUCAGAGUGUGCCUACUCAGCUGUUAUUUACAUGUAUAAUUGGGGAAGACACCACAAGAAAAUUUAGUUAAUAUUUAUAACAUUCAGUAUUUAGAAGAUGGUAGCUAAAUGAUAAAUAUUCACUUUUGCAAAACUUUUUAUCAGAUUCAAAAAUUCAAUUUGAUCAAUUCUGUAAUCUAUGACAAAGAAUCUCUAGAUGUUCUUUUAGGUACAAUUUCCGAAAAUUGUUCUCAUUCGUUAUUCAAAAAAGGGAUAAUAUAUCUAUAAUUAUUUCGAAAGUUUCUCUUUAGAUUAAGUAAAUACAGGGCUCGAAAGCAUCGUGAAUUGCAACUGAGCACAAGCGUCUCUAUUCCAUAACUUGGAAUUUACUCUCCCCAUGUAGGCCCUAAUAGCCUCGAAAUGAAAGGUGAUAAACAACGCGCGAUGUUUUCGAGUUAUGGAGCCCAGGUUAAUUAAUUAAUGAAGACAACUGUCAUAAGUUCUUGUUAUUAAUAAAUUAUAACCUCCACUUUGUGGUAAUCCUUCUGUUAAAUUGUUUCCCUUCAACAGUUUACUGUUUUGAAUUUUUUUUUCUUUUUUUUUUUGUCUUUGACCCAAGUUUACAGAAGAA